AAGAUUCUAAUAUUUGUGUUCACCAUUUUUGACAAUUAAUUUUAAUUCUUUUGUUACCAAGUGAUUAAAUUUUACUUUUUCUAAUUAAUCAACACUUUGGCAACUACUUUGUGAUACUAAUUGUCAAUUAAUCUGUGAGAAUGUAGUUUGAUUGUUUCUUCAAUUUUAAUCCAAAAGUAACAAUUUUGGUUGAAAGUGUUUUGAUUAACAUACUUGUGGAUUCAUCAUCUUUAACUUUAAUUACUAUAUUACUUUAUCUAAAUCUAAAUCUAUUAAUUAUUUAUAACUAUUACUGGAUUACGAUUACAAUUGAUUUACCAUCUAAUUAACAUGAUGUUUAACAUGUUUAUUAAUCAUCAGUAGCCUUGAUUAACUUUGAUUAAUCUUUUGUUUUUGUUUUUCCAUAACUCAUAAGCUUUGAUACAAAGAGAAAACAAUUUAACUCUUUUAACCUUUUGUUUAUGUCUAAUUGUAGUUGUAUUUAUAUUACUAUUUAUUCAAUAGAAAAGAUAAUUGUUAACAAUUACUGAUUAAUUGUUUCGUGACAAGUGAAUCUAUUUUAACUCUUAUUGAGUUAUCAUUUAGACAAUAAGAGAGAGAGAGAGAGCAAAAAAAAAGAGAUUCUCAUUUAUUACCUUGACUUAGAUUCUUGAUUGGUGCUUUUUGAUUGUCAGAUUGUUAGAUUAUUCUGUUUUGAUUUCGAUUAUCUAAUUAUCUUGAUUAUAAUUAGAAAAGGAAAAACAUGAAUAGUGAAAAUCUAAUUCCCUGGCAUUACAGUUUUCGUAUCAUUUUAAUUGGUGAUUCUUGUGUUGGUAAAUCAACUUUACUCAAAGUGUUCACCGAAUCUAAUUACACUGAUGAUGGAGGACCAACGGUGGGUGUUGAUUUUUUUGCGACAAUUGUUGAUCUGUCCAAUGGAUUAAGAGUUAAAUUACAAGCCUGGGACACGGCGGGACAAGAAAAAUUCAGAUCUAUCACCAAAUCAUAUUAUCGUAAUUCCGUUGGAGCUCUACUUCUUUUCGAUGUGACUCGUCGAGCCUCUUUCGACCAUUUAAUUGAUUGGCUAUUUGAUGUUCGUCGUCACAUUGAACCAAGUAAAGCGGUUUACCAAAUUGUCGGUUGUAAGAUUGACCUGGAAAAUGAGAGGGAAAUCUCAACGGAAGAAGGUCAAGCAUUUGCCGAUUUUCAUAGUAUCAAGUACGUGGAAACAUCGGCAAAGACACGACAAAAUGUUGACCUCGCGUUUAAAAUGAUAUCGGAACAAAUUUACGCCAAAUUGAGACGAGGUGAAUUCACAUUGAAUCCCGAUUGGGACGGAAUCAAAACUGGAUCUUUACACCUUUCAAGUAUCGUCGACAGAUCGACCACUGGUUCUUUCAGUUCGAUAAGUGAUUCAAAUGGUUAUCGAAUAUUAAAUAAUGACAAUCGACGCAAUAAUCGAGGUGCAAUUCGCAAUGGAUCAAGAAACAAUAAUCGUAAUGGUUGUUGCUAAUUAAAUCUAAUCAACAACAAAAUUAACUUCCUUUUAUUGAUCAUUUAUCAUGAAAAAUACAAUUUCACAUGUUAAUUAUAUUUACCCAGAAACAAUUUGAUCCAGUUGAUGAUUAACAUGAAAAUGGUGAUUAAAUCAAUACUUUCAGUUGAAAGUUUCAUUUCAAUUGAUUGUGAGAUCUUCCUGAUUGUUGAUGGUGCUAAAUCUCAAUUUAUAUCUUCCUGUAUGUUUAAAUCAUUUGAAACGACGAGAAAAUGAUAAUUAACCAACACAAUUACGAUGUUAAUUAAUGUAAAUACAACCUUUUUUUUUAUACUAAUCAUCUUUCAAUUGCUUUUAAUUUAAUAUGAAAAUCCAUUUGAAACAUUUUCAACAAUUAAGAUACAUAUACAUGUAACUAUUAAUACUAAUCAUUUGUUAAAAGGUUGAUAAACAAUAUCAAAUAUGAUAUAUAUAAUUUAUUGUGAUUUAGAUCAAUAUUUAAAUUCAUCUAAGCAAUUAAUAAGAAAAUAAUUAACUAUCAACACUUUAAUUGUUGAAGCCUUACUUAUAUUUAUAAUAAUUUUAUGAUUACAAUUAAUAUCAAUGAAU